AUGGGGCGGUUUGAGGUUGAUGUUGAGAAUAUGACGUUAAUCUUGACUGCACCGCUGGACUAUGAGUUCUACCCGCGGUACAACCUGUCCCUGGAGCUGACAAAUACAGAAGACAGCAGGGUUCAGUGGUUCGUGAGCCUCACCAUAGUGGUCAUGGACGUGCCGGGAUACCCUCCGUACUACGACAAACGACUGUACUGUGACAAUGACUGUGUUUGUAAGAACGGGGCUCGUUGUCACGGCUUUAACGGUGCGUGUGAGUGCCGUCCGGGCUGGAGAGGACGGGCAUGUGACGUCCCCUGGUCUGAGGUCGUCAUCGUAGAGACACCUGGCGAUUCAGUCGUGAAGUACAUCGGCACCAAUCUGACCUUGACCUGCCUGGCUCCACACAUCCAUGUGGCCAACAUAUCCUGGCUUCACCAAGCAGAAAGUAAUCAUAAUGACACAAACUUAAGAAUCGUUGAAGAAGCGGAAAUGCAGAACAGUUCUAUCAACUUUCAGCCCAUCUUAGAAUCAGCCAAUGGCGAGUAUACUUGUGUGGUAAAAGCUGUAGAUGGUGGAGUAAUGAAUGCAACCUUCGUCCUCGGCGCUACCGAAUGUUCACCAAACUAUUAUGGAGAAGCUUGCAGCCAGGUGUGUGACUGUCAGUACGGAGGGACGUGUGACAGGUGGGAGGCCGGUUGUCUGUGUCCUCCCGGCCGACGUCAUGGCGACAGGUGUGAGCACACCUGCGCACCCGGCACAUUUGGGCUGAACUGUAGCAAGAACUGCGAUUGUCAGAACAAAACAUCGUGCGAUGUAGUGAACGGCACCUGUAUUUGUGCAGAAGGACAUCGGUUGCAUCUUAAUUGUGACCCUGGUGAGGUGGACAUAGAAAUGGAAACCCUCUCAUCAUGGGAACUAGACAAAGAAGACAUUCAUUUCGAACACAUGAUCGGUGAGGGAGAGUUCGGUCAUGUCGUGCGGGGAAGACUGCGCGUGCCCGAAGGUUACCAGGUUUUGGUUGCCGCCAAAAGUAUCCGGCCCGACCGCAACCGCGACUUUCGCCGAGAGAUGGACAUUCUCGCAAGAAUCCACGAAGACAAAGAGGGACACCCGAACGUGGUGAAGUUUUACGGAGUCCUGACAAAAUCGGAGCCACAGUACAUUGUCGUAGAGUACGCGACUAAUGAAGAGCUGCGGCGAUACUUGUGGAGUUUGAGAGAAGAGUGCAAGGUGACAGGACACAGGAGACUGUUAGAACGACUCGGGUUUGCUUCUGGUGUGGCCAGUGGGUUAUCAGAGCUGGCACGUCUGAAGAUCGUGCACAGGGACAUCGCAGCUCGUAACGUCGUCAUCAGCGACAGGAAGGUGGCCAAGAUCGCGGAUUUCGGACUGUCGCGUGACGUUUACGUGUCGUCGGCGUACGAGCGCACCAACCAGGGCGGGGAGGAGGAACUGUUGCCGCUGAAGUGGAUGGCCGUGGAGUCGUUACGGGACGGGGUGUAUACGUGCGAGAGUGACGUGUGGUCGUACGGCGUGCUGCUGUGGGAGAUCGCCAGCUUCGGGGAGGAGCCGCGCUAUGCUGGUGGUCCGAUGCACCCGGACGUGUGCGCAAUGUUGGAGCUGUUGAAGAAAGGAGUCCGUCUGCAGCAGCCGGAGAACUGUCCCAAGUCGGUGUACCGCAUCAUCAGGUCCUGCUGGAUAGUGGAUCCAACGAAGCGACCGACUCCUGAAGAACUGCUGCAAAAGAUCGACCAGCUGAGACCACCGAGACACGUUGCUCACCUAGUUGAUCAUGGCAUUUCAUGGCAAUGAAUUUUAUUACAUGGGAAAUUCUUACAUUCUCAUUGCCUUGCAUCGGCUGCUAGACGUUGAAGGACCCAAUGUCAAAGAGCGAUAGAUUCUUUUCUGGCAAAGUGACAUAAUUUUUUUUUUUUUGAAAACGGAGGUAUUGUUUUUGAUGUCAGGAAAUUGUGGUAUAGGUUUUGGGGCUCCUAGUAGUUGAUUUUAAAACUGCAGGGGUGUUUUUGGCAGAUUCCUGCUUUUUGUGAACUGCGAAAAAACACAAGCUGUACAAAGUUCGCUGAGGGAGAAACACCAUCUCAAAUUUAAACUAGACCCUCCUGUUGGUAAACAUCAACAUGCUGUAAACAAGCACCCCAUUGGGCAGCCAAGGUGUUGAAAUAUUACAGUUUUAAAACAUGUUUGUAUGAUGCAAUGGUGUUGUAACUUUUCUCCCUAAAUAUUGUUAUGAAAUACUAUAGUAUAGGAUUGGUAUAGCAUACUAUGUAAAGAAACGGUAGGAGAAUCUACUUUCUGUAUGUCAUAAUGUCAUAGAGUGGACCUUCUAAUUUAGCUGACUUUUAAGCAUGCUGUCCAGUCUUGAUUUAUAUCUUUAUCUUAAAUGGCUCGUACACUUGUUUUUUUCUCCAAGUGCACGUUCUUCUUUAAGGAAAAGAUGUCAAUUUUG